UCACGGUUGCCGCCAGUAACGCCUGGUGGGAUUUGAAGGUUGGAAGGAAGGUUUUGACAAGAACAGAAAGCAGAAGAAAGACACAAUGAGCUAGCCACACUUUGGAAAUCCUGUAUUUGGGUUUAUCUCUCUAUGGAGGACGACGAAUGCCAAGGAAAGCAGCAAUACUUCGCUGAGCAAGAUGCGGAUCUUUUUGAGGAAGAACUCUACGGGGAUCUGUCUGUGGAUCUGAACCAGGAAAUGACAUAUCCCGAGUUGAAAAAGCUUUAUGAUGAAAACAAGAAACAGCUUCGUGACGUCAUGUUAGAGAACAAAACCCUAAGAGAACAAAACAUAAUACUAAAGAAGAAUAUUUCAAGCCUGUACCUCACAGCCAGAGAGGAGAUCCAGAGAAAGGAUGCACAGAUCAGUGCACUUCACGAAAAAGAAGUCAAAAUGAGAAAGACCCUUUAUGCUAAGAAGACCUCACAAGAUACAUGAAAUAGAUAUUGUUUUUUUUUUUUUCAAUGCGAUCAUAAGAGAUGAGGUAAGAAAAAUCACAUUGUGAAAGACCCUGUAUGCCAGGACAUCCUCACAAGAUACAUGAGAUAAGGGGUGGACCAUGGAUUUUGAAACAAAAUAUCCUGCAAGCUAUAUUUCAAAGAAAAAAAUUGCAUGCAAAGCAAAUGAGCAGAAAAAAAUUCAUGCACAAGUUUAUGAAGAAAAAAAUGUUGCAAAGCCAUUGUGUGAAAAGAUGAACUCUAUAUAAUAAAAUCAAAAUUCUGUGAUGUUUUUUUACUCUAUAAAACGUUUUCCUCUAUA